AUGCAAACAUGUAGCCGGACAAUCCCAACAUGUGCCCAGUGCACUUCCAGCGGUGCUUCUUGUCGAUACCCAAGCAGCAAUAAGCGAGGCAUUCCAACUGGCUAUAUUUCAGUCCUAGAAAGGCGGCUUCUAGAGACGGAGUUGGCCUUGUUCGAAGCACUCUGCUCCUUAUAUAAGUCUCCUAUACCGAUUGAUCCGUACAUAUCGUCUCAAGGCCAGCGAGAAGCCAUUGCGAAUUACAGCUACAAACAAUCCAAGGGUGAAAAGGUGGAGGAGUGGAGUAGUUGCUCUUUGGGAACAGAGUAUGACAGGAUGUCAUGGUGGCAGAGUCGAUGUACGAUAGCAGAUGCUGACGCGGAUCGCACGCCUGCUGGAGUAGAGCUCGAUUAUCGGCAGCCUGGGCUGGAGAGAUUGGAGUCGGAAGAUGUUUCCACUCCGGAUAAUGCUCACGUGUCAAUACCGGACACCAGUGCGGUGAGUCCGGUGGUGGUUUUGCCUCCCCAAGUCACAGAUAGCGCUCCCCUCGAGGAUGCAUCCGUAGUAGAUUGGCGAAGAUAUUUUUGA